AUGCAUAGCGCAGAUGGGGUUCCUGGCCCCAAGACCUUGAAUGCAGAGGAUACAUCGAGGCGGCAGCAACACCUUCCUAAGCUGCUGGGGACCAGCUGUCUCAAGGAUUUAUUUCCAGGGCCAGCUUCAAAGUUCAAGGAGUGGGAGCUGGAAGCUACUGGCAGAAAGCAAGGCUGGAUUAUUAUUUCUUGGAUUGCACUCAGGGCUGUAAGGGAACCAGAGGAUUGUUCCACCUAUGCUGUAAAGCACAACAGACAAGAGCAAAGCUGGAGCCGUGUACAAAGGCAGCAUAUCUCCCGGGCACUUCAACCUCUGCUGGCUGGUGUACCUCGGCAGCUUGCACCGACUCCAGCAGAAGCCUGGAUCUCUCUCCCACCUUGGCCCGGUCCACGAGGAAGCAUGUCCAUGACGAACUUAUGGUUGACAUUCGGGACAGAGCCAACAUGCAGGUGCAAUACAACAGAGAGAAGGAUUCCCAUGUGGCAAGUGGAAUGGUACUGUCAGGCUGCAGAAGAGCUUGAGGACAGAAUUGCAGUGUGGGAGCAAAUACUUGCACUGCAGUUCCUGGGAAAACAAUGUCAGCUGAGGGAGAAGACAGCACAACAGAAAGACGUGUUUGAGCGGCUGAUUCGCUAAUGGCCGGAGGAGUGUAGGCUCCAGCUGCUCCUGUACCAUGGCGUGCAUACCAGGAACACUCUGAACAAUUCCCUGGUUUGGUGGCCCGCGCAUCCAGGCCUUAACAUCAGCGGGACAGGACAAAUCUGCCCCCAGUGUAUUUCCAUCCCCACCCCCUUGCAGUCCACCCGCCCUCCGCAGGCCUCCAUAUUUGCACAGUAGCAGCAAGUGCCUGCUACAUGCAUGAGAAAGGAAAAGGAGAACAUGCCAGAGGACAUGCAAAAUUAGGGUUUGAGGGGUUUGUUGAUGGCACUAUUUAAUGUUUGGUUGAUGCACUUUGUUGCAUUACUGGUUGUGGCAUUGGUUAACUACUGUUGUUUUGGUGUUCUAACAGCAGCUGGCCUGACUGGCAAUGCUUUAAUAUUGUUUUUGUAAUACAAAUAAAGACUUUAUUUUAUUAGGAGAGUUUAUUGCCAUCACUACAUCAUGUCUUAUUGUGUGUAUUUUGAAUAAUAAAGAUAAACACAGGGCAAGGCACAAUGGGCAAGUUGUAUCCAAACACAAAUUUCUCAGUAUGUCUGUGUAUGCCAAUCAGUAAUGUAAACACGGUUUCCCCCCAUUACAUUAACAGUCACGUCAUCCAAAAUACAAAUUCAUGGCAGUCCAUACAUU